AUGAGAUCAUGUUCAUCGAUUAGAAACAUAGAAUCAGCUAACACGUACGGAUUAAUAAUAGAUAUGAGUCUUAGCGAUAAAGACGUCUCUGCUCCCAUCGAUGUUCAAUGCCUCCAGACUCAUAAUAAAUUUUCUUCAAUUAUGUACCCAUCCAUAAUAUCGUUGUCAAUCAUAGAUACAUUGAAUAAUUGUCAUUGUAGUAGUAACAUUAUAUUUAUUUAUAUCAUAAUUCAAAUUAUUAUCAUGAUGAAUGAUAGUGAUGAUAUCGAAGAGAUAUGUGAUAACUUAAGAACAUCACAAAUAAAACUAACAAAAAAAGAGAAAGAGAAAGAGAAAGAAAAAGAGAGAGAGAAAGAGAAAGAGAGAGAGAAAGAAUUGCAAAAGAAGAAACAAAAAGAUGAAAAAGAGAAAGACUUGCAAAAGAAAAAGAAAUCUGGUGAUUCAGAUAUAGUUAUCUCGGCACCUGCCAACUUCAAACGGUUAGACUCACCUACCGUUCCCAAUAAAUCAAGUAAACCAUCAUUUUCACUUUUACAACAACAAAUACAUCAACAACGAGAUUAUGAUCAACAACAACAAUAUCAAUAUGAACAACAACAACAACCAACAAAGAAAGAAAAGUUAUAUUUCAAGGUAUCGGAUCAACUCUUGAAUGAGGUGGCGCACUGGGAAUCUACCAAAGCUAGCUAUGUGCAAUCGGUAGAGGAGCUACUAAGAAGAAAGUCGAAUACUCUCGACGCACUGUUCUCAGAGUAUCUCUCAGAGAUUGAACCGUUACUCGAUCGCUACCAGCUCGAUCCAUCGCUAAAGUCCGAUAUCAUGGCAAGAGAACAGUCGCGACUAGACGAAGCCAAACAACGUUUGUUUGGCAGUAGGAAUGCAUCGAUCGAUGCACUCGAGUCACAGAUCUCCACGAGGAAGCGUGAGAUCGAUAUGCACAACAAGAUCACCUUGAUUCAGUCGGUUGUGCGUGGCUGGCUAGCAAAGCGUCGCUACCAAAAGAUGCGAUUGAGAAUCGAGCGAAGAACCAAGUGCACUCUCGAGAUCAUCGAGACCGAGCGUGCCUACGUCCACAAUCUCGAGUUGAUCAUCAGUCAAUUCUUGCAACCACUGCAAAGCGGCGCAAAGAAAGACCUGCUAAGCAGCAGUGAGAUUUCAUCGAUCUUUUCGAAUUGCUCUGCACUGUAUGGCGUUCACAAGGAGUUACUAGAGUCACUCGAAUCGAGAUGGUCACAAUGGAGUAACAAGCAAUCGAUUGCCGAUUGCUUCUUGACACUUACACCCUAUCUUAAACUCUACACACAAUACAUCAACAACUUUAAUCAAUCUCUAACAACACUUAACGAAUGUAAAAAGAGAGAUUCAAAAGUAAACAACUUUUUCUUUAAAGAUUGUAAAAGUAAUCCAUUACUUCAAAAUAAAGAUUUCUUGGAUUUACAGAUUCAACCAGUUCAAAGAAUACCAAGAUAUAAACUUUUAUUUACAGAAUUAUUACAAAAUACACCAACUAUUCAUAGUGACUAUGAGUUAAUCAGUCAAGCAUUAAAAGCAAUACAGAAUGUAGCUAUUUCUAUUAAUGAAAGUAAGAGAAAUGCAGAAGGUUUAGAAAAGAUGAUACAGAUUCAAGGUUCUUUAACUACAAACAUUGAAUUGGUUCAACCGCAUAGAAGACAUAUUAAAGAUGGUGUUGUUUUGUUUGAAAAGAGAGGUCAAUUGAAAGAGAGACAUCUUUUCCUCUUUAAUGAUUCUCUUUUGGUUUGUAAAAAGGUUCCGACUCUUUUUGAUAACUCUGCUCGGUACUCUGUGGUCACCCAUCUGAACCUCAAGAACUGUAUAAUAUUGCCGGCCGAAGACCAGGAGAUCAAACAUGGUUUCGCUGUUCUUGGCAAUGAACAUCUCUAUUUCUAUGCGCGUGGUGCCGUCGAGCAAUUUGAAUGGAUUGAAAUACUGAAGCAGUUGGUCAAAGAGUGGGAAGCGAAUCAAUCGACACUCAGAAAGGAAGAGGAACCCAUGCCAAUGGUAAAGGAGCACUCCAGAGAGAGUUUGAUGGUCAAGGAGAAUUCGGUGAUCAAUCCACACAGGCUGUCAGCGAAACUAUCGGAGCACUCAAUUGGUUCCUCAUCAUCGAGCGAAAAGACAACAGCGCAACCAUUGGUAAUAGAGAGAAACUCAAGGAUUAUGUCUCAAUCAUUUACACCUUCGUCGAUUUCAUCGUCAUCAUCAACAUCAUCAUUGUCAUCUUCAAACAAUCUAAGUCAAUCACUCAAUUUGAAUGCUUUGAAUCAAUUGCAAAAUGUAUAUCCACCACCAAACAUCAACAAUAACAAUAACAAUAGCUUUUCAAAUAUUCCAUCAAUUCACGUUCAACAACAACAACAAAAUGUACAACAAAACAAAUCAAUAAGAGAAUUGAUUGAAAUUUUCGAAGAGAUACGUGUCUUGCACAACGAACUCUUUGGUCCUGUCACCAAGUUGCAAACUGUCUUUGGUGAUUACUAUCGACAGUUCUCAAGCACUGGCCAAUUCAAUGAGACAUUGGCAAAGAUUAACCAACUACUAGGUGGUAUCUCCAAUUUAAAACAACGAUCCAUAGAUUUACUUAAAGAUGAAGUUCUAUCAAAACAACUACAAGAUGUCAUAGCUCAAGGAAAGGAUAACAUAGGUUCAUUCAAUGAUUGGAUAAGGACACAUUGUCAUCCCAACGAUCCUGCUGCCCAACAACCUAGAAUGAUUGUUAUCAAUCUAAUGAAAUGGUAUAACAAUCUUUACACUGUUUGGAAAUCGAUUUUAGAUUUUGAAAAUAAAUAA